CAUGCCUGAGAUAGUUGAAGGCCGGGAAUCUCCAGUGCUGGAAGACACAAUUGACAGAAUGGUCGACCACAAAGGCUGUCCAGCCACGAGAUCCAGCUCUGGUGCUUGGAGAUCUGCAUAUUUCAUCAUAGGUGCUGAAGUUGCAGAGAGAAUCGCAUACUACGGCAUAGGGUCGAAUCUUAUAAACUAUCUCACCGGACCACUGGGCCAGUCCACAGCCAUGGCUGCUGCUAACGUGAAUACAUGGUCCGGGACUGCGACUUUGUUGCCAUUGCUAGGAGCAUUUGUUGCAGAUACUUAUCUUGGUCGAUAUCGCACCAUUGUUAUUGCUUCUCUUCUCUAUAUCCUGGGACUAGGCUUGUUAACUCUCUCUGCUGUGCUUCCUUAUCUGAGACCUUCUGAUUGCCAAAACAGUGACAAAAUCACAUCAUGUUCUCCUCCUCAAAUCCCAGUGAUCUUCUUUUUCUCUCUAUAUCUAGUAGCAGUUGGGGAAGGUGGGCACAAGCCUUGCAUCCAGGCUUUUGGAGCCGACCAGUUUGAUGGAAAUAAUCCAGAAGAGUGCAAAGCUAAAAGCUCCUUCUUCAAUUGGUGGUAUUUCAGUCAAUGCGCUGGCAGUUCUGUGACUAUGCUGAUCUUGAGCUAUAUCCAAACCUAUCGAUAUGGUAUCAAGGGGGAUGAGAAAAGCCCAUUUCUAAGAAUCAGAAAGAUGUUUGUUGCAGUAGCUAGGAAUUGGCAAACUACUCCAAUGAUAACUAAGGAAGAUGGUGUCCGAGGAACCCUGUUGCAACAAGGUUCUCAUCAAUUCAAAUUUCUUAACAAGACCUUGCUUUCACCAGAUGGUUCAAAGGAAGAUCCAAAUGUAUGUAAUGAUGGUGGUGUUAAGGAAGCAAAGGCAGUUCUAAGGCUGUUCUCCAUAUGGGCUACCUGUUUGGUGUAUGCUAUUGUGUCUGCUCAAUCAUCAACCUUUUUUACCAAGCAAGGAGCUACCAUGGAUAGAUCAGUUGGAUUGGGCUUUGACUUGCCAGCUGCUUCAUCUCAAUCUUUUAUUGGCAUCACCAUUGUUCUCUUUGUUCCUAUAUAUGACUGUAUUUUUGUACCCUCUGCAAGAGCGUUUACCAGGAACCAAUCUGGCAUAACAAUGCUUCAGAGAAUUGGAACUGGGAUAUUUUUGUAUGCCGUUUCCAUGGUAGUUGCAGCACUAGUUGAGAUGAAACGGCUCAAGACAGCUCAAGAAUAUGGCCUGGUUGAUAUGCCAAAUGCGUUGGUUCCAAUGAAGCUCUGGUGGCUACUUCCCCAGUACAUCUUAUUUGGGAUUGCAGAUGUGUUUACCAUGGUUGGUCUUCAAGAAUUUUUUUAUGAUCAAGUCCCAAAUGAAUUAAGGAGUGUUGGUCUUUCCCUCUACCUCAGUAUAUUUGGUGUAGGGAGUUUUCUGAGCAGUCUUCUUAUAGCUGUCAUUGAGAAAGCAACUGGUGGAGAUGGCCAAGAUAGCUGGUUCACAGAUAACCUUAACAGGGCACAUCUUGAUUACUUUUAUUGGCUACUUGCAGGGCUCAGUACAGUUGAACUAGCUGCUUACUUAUAUUUUGCGAAAUCUUACAUUUAUGAUAGAAACACGGUCGUUGGAGCCAUAGACAACAAAGGCCGUCCCGCCAGGCGAUCCACCUCCGGCCGUUGGAGAGCCGCAUGUUUCAUCGUAGGCGCUGCAGUUGCGGAGAGAUUUGCGUAUUUUGGCAUAGAGGCGAAUCUCAUAAACUACCUUACGGGGCAGCUGGGCCAGUCCACCGCCGCGGCUGCCAAGAAUGUGAACACCUGGUUCGGGGUCAGCGCUUUGCUGCCAUUAGUGGGAGCCUUUGUUGCAGAUUGUUAUGUGGGUCGAUAUCGCACCAUUGUUGCUGCUUCUCUUCUUUACGUCCUGGGACUGGGUUUGCUAACUCUAUCUGCAGUGUAUUCUUCUCAAAGCCUUUCUGACUGCCAAAACACUGAGAAAAUCAUGUCAUGUUCACCUUCUCGGCCCCAAGUACUCUUCUUCUUUUUCUCUCUAUAUCUAGUAGCAGUUGCCGGAGGUGGGCACAAGACCUGCAACCAGGCUUUUGGAGCUGAUCAAUUUGAUGGACAGGAUCCGGAGGAAUGCAAAGCAAAAAGCUCUUUCUUCAACUGGUGUAGUUUUUGUCUAUGCAUUGGUCUUUCAGUAAGUAUGCUGACCUUGAGCUAUAUUCAAGACAAUCUUAACUGGGUUCUUGGAUUUGGAAUCCCCCGCAUCGCGAUGGUUGUGGCUCUACUCCUUUUCCUGCUUGGAACUGAUACUUAUCGGUAUAGUAUCAAAAGAGACGAGAAGAGCCCAGUUAUGAGAAUCUGUAAGGUGUUUGUUGAAGCAGCAAGGAAUUGGAGAAUAACCCCAUCAUCAGAAAAAUUUAUUGAAGAGGGAGCUCCAGGAACCCUGUCUCACCAAGGGUCUCAAGAAUUCAAGUUUCUGAACAAGGCCUUGCUUGUGCAAACUUGUUUUGAGGAAGAUGGAAAGGCAUGCAGCGUCAGUGAAGUUGAGGAAGCAAAAUCAGUUCUGAGGCUGUUUCCCAUAUGGUCUACAUGCUUGGUGUAUGCUAUUGUGUUGGCACAGUCAUCUACUUUCUUUACUAAGCAAGGAAUGACCAUGGAUAGAUCAGUAUGGUCCGGCUUUGACAUACCGGCUGCAUCACUUCUAGCUUUUAUCAGCCUCUCCAUUGUCCUCUUUGUUCCAAUAUACGACCGCAUCUUGGUUCCUAUUGCAGGAGACUUCACGAGGAAGCCAUCUGGCAUAACAAUGCUACAGAGAAUUGGAAUAGGGAUAUUUCUAUCUUCCAUUUCCUUAGUAAUUGCAGCAUUAGUUGAGAUGAAACGGCUUAAGACAGCUCAAGAGCAUGGCCUGAUUGAUAUGCCAAAUGCCACGGUUCCAAUGAGGGUGUGGUGGUUGGUUCCCCAAUACGUCUUAUUUGGACUUUCCGAGGUGUUCGCCUUGGUUGGGCUUCAAGAGUUCUUCUAUGAUCAGGUCCCAAAUGAAUUAAGGAGUGUAGGUGUCUCCCUCUACCUCAGUAUCUUUGGUGUAGGGAGCUUUCUGAGCAGCUUUCUUAUCUCUGCCAUUGAGAAAGCAACAGGUGAAGAUGGCCAAGAUGGCUGGUUUAAUGAUAACCUCAAUAGGGCACAUCUUAGUUACUUUUAUUGGCUACUUUCUGGGCUCAGCAUGGUAGGGUUGGCUACCUACUUGCAUUUUGCAAAAUAUUACACUUACAAUAAAGGAGGUGUUUCAUGAAUAUAUGGAGGAAACAAUGGAUGAGGAAUAUGUGGUAGAUGUUUUGUUAAUUAAUAUCAUUUCAAGUAUACAUUUGUUAUUAUCACA